AUGCUCUCCGCUUCGCCCCAGAUCGUGAGCUUCGGCUUCGCCCCGCACGUGGUCAACAGGGCGGAGGGCCUUCAGAAGUACGGCCGCGACGUCGAGCUCAUCCAAACCCUGGCGCAGGUCCUCAACUUUUCGGCCAGCUUCCGAGAGCCGCCACGGGGAGAGCUGUGGGGGACGAAGCUCGAGAACGGCACGUGGACCGGCCUGGUGGGGGCGCUGGCGAGGAACGAAGGGCAGCUGGGCGUCGCCAACAUCUUCCUCUCGGACAACAACAACCGCAGGCUCGUCCAGGACUUCACGCAGCCUUACGAUGCUGAUGUAUUUGGUGUUGAUAAUGCUUUUGUUGCUAUGAGCUGCUUCAUGGCUCGCUCCGCCCCGCCCCUCCCGAGGUGGCAGUCGCUGGCCCUCCCGUUCACCUUCGAGGUAUGGAUGGCCGUCCUCCUCGGGGUCCUGGUUCUCUCGCCCGUUCUCUUCUGGCUCGCGAGAGGCAGCGAAGUCAGCGGAGAGGAGAUGGCAGGCCUGAAGACGCUGUCGUCUUCAAGCCUGUACUACUGGGGGAUCCUCCUGAGGAUAUCGCAGGCUCGCGUCCCCGUUCAGCCCUCGACGCAAAUCUUGGUGGCGUUCCUGUGGAUCUGCUCCGUGAUCCUCACCGUCGGCUACUCCUCCAACCUGACCGCCUUCCUCACCGUCAGCAGAACGCCCUCAGGGAUUGAGACCUUCAGCCAGCUCUACGGCUCGCGCCAAGAAGUUAUUGGCAUGGGGACCUUCUUCAAGAUAUCCAUGAUUUCCUCACGAAACAAGUAUCUCAAUGGACUGGCCGACCGCUACGCCCCCUACUCGGACUUCGGGCAAGCGCUCCUGCCGGUGAAGAGAGGGAAAGGGGUCUUCAUCGAGAGCCGGAAGUACCUCGAAUACCUCAUCAACACGCAGUUCACGAAUCGUGGGUCUUCCAGCAUGAGGAUCAUAAAGGAGUGUUUCACGCCCUAUAGCGUGGCCGUCGCCCUGCAACUGCACUCACCGCUAAAGGGGCAGCUCAACCUGGUCCUUAGUCGACUCGUGGAAAGCGGCCUCGUCAGGCAGUGGUUCCUGGAGACGCUCAGGCGGACGAAGUCGGUGAGGAAGCUGUGGCUCAUGGGAAGUAUUUUGGGAAAUUUCAAGAGUCUGCUUUGGAGAACAAGGUUUAAUGCAUGGUUUGCUUGCCUUGGGUGA